GGGGCUGCGGAGCGCCGGGGGCCAUGGAGGUCCUUCCCGCCAGCGGGGGCCGGACGGGGCGCCCGGAGCGGGAGUUCCGCGGUGGCAGCGAGGUGAGGCUAGAGCACGCGGUGGAGGAAGCGGUUCCUGGAGUGGCCGGGACUGUACCCCCGCAAGGGACGGCGGAGCGGCCGCCCGGCUCCCGCGGCUCAUGGGAAGGCGAGGAGGAGCCGGAGCCCGAGCCGGGCCAACAGCCCCGCGGCCGCACGAGCCGCACGGCGUCCCUGGUGAGCGGCCUGCUCACCGAGCUGUACAGCUGCACGGAGGAGGAGGAGGUGGCUGCCGGGAGCCGCGGUCCGGGGGGCCGCCCGCGGCGCCGCGACAGCCUGGACAGCUCCACCGAGGCCUCGGGCUCCGACGUGUUCCUGGGCGUGCGCGGCGCCGGCGACUCCCGCGUGCUGCAGGAGCUGCAGGAGCGGCCGAGCCAGCGGCUCCAGAUGCAGUACCUGCGGCAGAAAGACCCUAAUGAACUGAAGGCAAUCCUUCAGGAGCUCAAGUACAGAAUUGGCAUUCAGUCGGCCAAGUUACUUCGGCAGCUGAAGCAGAAAGAUAGGCUUCUGCAUAAACUACAGAGGAACUGUGAUAUUGUGACUGCCUGCCUGCAGGCUGUGUCUCAGAAGAGAAGAGUUGAUACAAAAUUGAAGUUCACUCUUGAGCCAUCUUUAGGUCAAAAUGGUUUUCAGCAGUGGUAUGAUGCUCUCAAGGCUGUAGCCAGACUAUCAACAGGGAUACCAAAGGAAUGGAGAAGAAAGGUUUGGUUGACCUUGGCAGAUCAUUAUUUGCACAGUAUAGCCAUUGACUGGGAUAAAACCAUGCGUUUCACUUUCAAUGAAAGGAGUAAUCCUGAUGAUGAUUCGAUGGGAAUUCAGAUAGUCAAGGAUCUUCACCGUACAGGCUGCAGUUCUUACUGUGGCCAAGAGGCUGAGCAGGACAGGGUUGUGCUGAAGCGGGUGCUGCUGGCCUAUGCCCGGUGGAACAAGAAUGUCGGGUACUGCCAAGGCUUUAACAUCCUGGCGGCGCUAAUUCUGGAAGUUAUGGAAGGCAAUGAAGGGGAUGCAUUGAAAAUUAUGAUUUACCUGAUUGAUAAGGUACUUCCUGAAAGCUAUUUUGUCAAUAAUCUCCGGGCAUUGUCUGUGGAUAUGGCUGUCUUCAGAGACCUCUUGAGAAUGAAACUCCCUGAAUUAUCCCAACACCUGGAUACUCUUCAGAGAACUGCAAACAAAGAAAGUGGAGGUGGAUACGAGCCCCCACUUACGAAUGUCUUCACGAUGCAGUGGUUUCUGACUCUCUUUGCCACGUGUCUCCCUAAUCACACAGUUUUAAAGAUCUGGGAUUCAGUCUUCUUUGAAGGUUCGGAGAUCAUCCUAAGGGUGUCACUGGCCAUCUGGGCAAAAUUGGGAGAGCAGAUAGAAUGUUGUGAAACAGCAGAUGAAUUCUAUGGCACCAUGGGGCGCCUCACCCAGGAGAUGCUGGAGAAUGACCUUCUGCAAAGCCACGAACUCAUGCAGACUGUUUAUUCUAUGGCACCAUUCCCUUUUCCACAACUGGCAGAGUUGAGGGAAAAGUACACCUACAACAUUACACCCUUCCCAGCCACAGCUAAACCCACUUCAGUUUCUGGACGACAUGGUAAGGUGAGAGACAGUGAUGAGGAGAAUGACCCAGAUGAUGAAGAUGCUAUUGUUGAUGCAGUAGGGUGUCUUGGACCUUUCAGUGGGCUCCUGGCACCUGAACUGCAGAAGUACCAAAAGCAGAUGAAAGAACCAAAUGAGGAGCAGAGUCUGAAAUCCAAUAACAUUGCAGAGCUGAGUCCAGGAGCCAUCAACUCCUGUCGAAGUGAAUACCACGCGGCAUUCAACAGCAUGAUGAUGGAACGCAUGACCACAGACAUCAGCGCCCUGAAGCGGCAAUACUCGAGGAUCAAAAAGAAGCAGCAGCAGCAGGUCCACCAGGUGUACAUCAGGGCAGACAAAGGACCAGUGACCAGCAUUCUCCCAUCUCAGGUAAACAAUUCUCCAGUUAUAAACCACCUCCUUUUAGGGAAGAAGAUGAAAAUGACGAACAGAGCUGCCAAGAAUGCAGUCAUUCACAUCCCUGGUCAUGCAGGAGGCAAACUGUCUCCUGUCCCCUAUGAAGAUCUUAAAACAAAGCUCAACUCUCCAUGGCGAACUCACAUCCGAGUCCACAAGAAGAACAUGCCGAGGAGCAAGAGCCACCAGGGCUGUGGGGACACCAUAGGGCUGAUCGAGGAGCAGAACGAGGGCUGUAAGACCAACAGCCUGGGGGCAUCAGAGGAGUUUUCCUCCAGGUGUGCAGCCCCCGCUGCAAAAGAAGGCAGCAGCUCUGAAGGUGGCAUCGGUAGGACAAUUGAAGGACAGUCUCCAGAGCCCGUGUUCGGGGACGCCGAUGUCGAUGUGUCUGCGGUUCAGGUGAAGUUAGAAGCCUUGGAACUGAACCAAAGGGAUGCUGCUGUUGAAACUGAGCCCAAGGUGCACCCGCCCUGCCAACGGCAUGUUCCAGAGCUACCUGAUGCCCCCGGAGAAAUCAAAGCCACCAGCAAACCUCCCCAAGGCAGCCACUCAAAAACCCCCAUCUUUAGCCCUUUCCCCAGUGUGAAGCCACUGAGGAAAUCAGCCACUGCCAGGAACUUGGGAUUAUAUGGUCCAACAGAAAGAACCCCAACCAUGCACUUUCCUCAGAUGAGCAGGAGCUUCAGCAAAUCCAGCGGCGGGAAUAGUGGCACUAAAAAACGAUGAUGUCUCCUGGCCACCGUGCUGGACUCGCCUCUGCGCGCUGUGUAAGGGUUCCAGCUGCACCCGUCCGGUUUCAUUUGCCAGUGAAGCUGAAUAAGGAGGUUCAGAGAUGAGCAACAACAUUCCAUAAAACUGGGAAUGGAGAGUUUUAUGAUGGAACUGGAGUAGGGAUGUUUUCUCUCCACUGGAGAACUGAUGGAGUGGACUUUCAUGACAGAAUUGAUAUUGUGGUUUUAAAGUGUGAAGUUUUCCCAAUUUUUCCUUGUGAGCUAUUUAGAAAAGAUUAUAUCUAGACUGUUAAGACUUCUUUUGUCCUGUCCUGAGGGCCUUUCAGGAUCCCUGGGACAAAAACCCCAAAACCUUCCAGUUCUCUAGGUGUUACCCAAGCAUGCACACACCAGUUUGCUAGAACAGAAAAACUGUAAAAAGAAAAUAAGUUUCUCAUUUACAAAAACUUCCUGAUUUUCUUCUUCCUGCUCUAUUGGGGGUGGUGGAGGGGACGUUUUGUGCGUGUGGAUUUUCCCUCAGUACCUGUCUCCAAAUUGUUUUUUUUUUUUUAAUUCUUACACUAAAGCAUAGGAGAAAAAUUGGUAACUUUUCUGUUUCUACUGCCAAAUGAAGAAAACCUUUAAUCUGUUAAAAUUUAGGUUGAUAACCAAAUUGAAGGUUAUAUGCAGAGAACAGAAGUUAAUAUGCAUUAAACAGUCACCUUGAACUGCUUGCUAAUUCCACUCAGCUUCCCCACCCCAGGUUUAUUUUCUCCUCUCCGGAAGAGCAUGAGUCCUCAGUGGUACAGAGGACUCAAUGGCUCUGCAGGGAGGAGCUUCUGCAUCCUCAGCCAUGCAGCUCAUUUACCUACCAGCUCUCCAUGGCAGGUGCACACAGCCUCUGCUCAAAAGCCAGAACAUAGCACCUGCGACUCUGUUACUUGAAUUUUGUGCUUUUUUUUUUUUUUUGGAUUGGAGUACUUUGUUACUUGAACACUGCCGCCUUUCUCUGGAGAAGGACCCAGUGCUUUCUAGCUCUCUCUCACCCACUCCACUCCUGCCCUGGUCCCAGUGGGUCAGAGAUAGCACCUUUUGUCUCCACUAUGCAUUUGGGAACUCUGAGCCACACAGAGGUGAUAUAGCACUUCAAUUUACUCGAGGUAAAUACUUCGGUAUUCCUUGUGACUUAGCCACGUGGAAACUUAGCCAGUGCAGUAGGUGGGCUUAGUGCUCUUUGUGCACAGAUAACACUGACUACAGAGCUUGAACCAACCAAGACUGGGAAGCCAUUCACACUCUCUCCUGACUCCAAGGCUCCAAGGACUUCUCUCUAGAUGUUCAGGUCCUGUGAUGAUGUUUCAAAAAACCAGCUCUGACCUCUUUACCCUGAAAAGGUAGUUCAUUUUAAAAUGCUUCACGUCCCCACCCUUUGGCUGAACAAAUGGAUCAGUCCUCAAUCCCCUUCUCCUGACCAGCAUUGGAAGAAUGGAUUGACAUCUUUAUCUUCACCUCUGAAAGACCUUGGCAUGCUUACAGGAAUAUUGUUGAUGCCAUGAAUAUGAAUUUGAUCUAAUUGGUUUGCUAAUUCUGAAGCCAAAGCUAUAAUUGUAGAGAAGGUUUUUUUUUUUUUUUAACUAGGAGAGGUACUGAUUUUUAUAAUAAGAUAGAGUGUGGUUAUGUGGACUUUUAAAAACAGAAAACGUAAGAAUGACAUAUACCAUGAGAAAAGCCAUUUUUUCCCCCUUUGUGGUAUUUUUACUCCCAAAGGAACUGAAGAUGGGAAGCAUGACUAACAAGUGAUUGCAGUUUGAGCCUUGAGUCUGUGCCAUCUGCAUGCAGCUUCUUAGCAAGCAGCUACACCCACAGCCUGUUUGUUUCCCUGGGAAGGGAGUGGGUGGAGAGUCGGGCUGACUUUGCCUACCACCCCCAGGAAUUGAGACCCACUGCAUUUAACAAAGUUAAGUAAAUGGCAUGAUUUUCUCCCAUCUGUUAAGUUUUGCAGAUAAGAAUGGUUCCACCUCUUUCCCCUCCCCCCAGUCCCACAUGCCUCACAAUGGUCACAUUCCCCUUGAAGGUUGUUCAGCUUGAACAGGGAAUUGUUCUUUCUUCUCAGGAGUCGGAUCGCUGUCUCCUGGUUGGGGUUGACGGGUGGUGAGGGGGAGCUGUCCACCGGCUAUCUUAGUGUUGGCCCUAUCACGGUCUCUUCUCACUCACUCUGGGGCUGGCCUUCCUGAGGAGAGGACAGAUAAGCUGGCACAUGGUUUGGGAUAACUAUUGGUUGGAUGAAUGAGCAACUGGAAGGGUGACAGUCCUUUGAGGUAAAACUGACCUUGUCAGAAUUUUUUAAAUCCAGCAGUUUUCCUGUUAAAGCACUCUCUACCAAUAAAACAUGCAUGCCUGGUACCAAGUAAUCACGAUGUGAAUCCACCAACUUACGAGUCUUGCCUACUUUAGAAAAUAAAGAAAUGUGCAGUAGCCUCUACCACUCAGCAUGUACCAAGACCAGUACGGACUUGCUCUCUUCCCCACGUAUUGGACUGUAUGCAAACACCAGAAGUUCUUAAUGAUUAGCAGUUCCUUUAUUCUAGAUAAGUCUACCCUCUCGGCACCUUUUCUGGGAGUCAAUUCUGCACCUCAGUCCUCUUUAAAAAGCCUCCAGAUGAUCUAAACCUAGUUUGUAAUGUUGACCUAUGGGCUGUAACUGUUUAAAAUCCUGUAUUCCUGUUUUUUUUUUUUUUUUUUUUUUUUUUUAGUUUUUGGUCUCUUUUGUCCUGAAGAGUUGUACUGAUUACAAAGACAUAUGCAUAAAAAUUCCCAUUGUGUGGUGGUGGUUGCAUUUUCUGUCUGAGUACAUGCAUGAAACGCUGUGGUGACCUUUCCUCUUCUUGUCACUCCCUCCUCUGCUCCCACUUGGUCACGUGAACCAGGGAACCAGCCCAGUGAGGUCUAUGUCCCCCCAGUCCAAUCACUGGGUUGCAGGGUAUCCGUGACCCAUUCUCAACUUGGCAGAAUCACUGGUUCCUAAAUGUAACUAAACAGGAUGUGUGUGUAUUUGUGCGUGAACAUAUACGUGCACACAUGUAGAUUAUCCUUUAGACCUACCCUCUUCCUUUGUUUUAAUAAAAUAGAACAAUAAGAAUCCAAUUGAACUUCAUGGUCUUGAGGAGUCUAAAUGAAUAGAGAGUUGUGACCAAGUGUGCAGCUGCUGCUGUCUCCCAUUAGAAUCUCUUUACGUUUCUGAACUACUUUCUUUGCUGUCUAUAGCAGUCAUUUGAGGUAGUAUUUAAAGUAUGUUAUUUUUCCUAAUCAGAAAAGUAAUACAUCUCUUAGAAGAUUUAGAAGACACAAAGCACAAGGAAUCAUCGAUAUUCUGGCAUAGAUAUUUCUAACACAUCCUAGUGUGCCUGUGUGUGCGUGUGUGUGCACAAUUAUCUGCAAAAAAAUGUAUGUUGAGCAUACUAGUUUUAGCUGUUUUUCCAAUAAAUUCUUUUCUACAGCACCA